AUGUACCAGCGGCCUACCGGGGAUUCUGUUCACCCAUUCAACAUGCCAGCGGUCACCAGCACCCAGCCCUCUCAGGCUUGUGAAACUCCUGCGGAAUCCUCGGUGGUUGAUGAAGCUGAUAUAGAGAUCCUAUCUGCUCUAAGAGAGAUACGGGGCGGAAUGAAGACCAUCGCCGAAACCAUGAUACAUAUGGCUCGGCAAUUGGAAACCAUCGAGAACGCCCUUCGCCGACAGUCCAACUGUCGCCGCUAG